AUGAAAUCCUUGAUCUUCCAAUUGCUGGCUAUGGCCUCGGUCACUGUGGUAGCUGCACAGCUGCCCCAAUGCUCGGGCACUUUGAAAUGCUGUGAAUCGGUCACGCGCUACUCCGAUCUGAGUGAGGAAGAGCGUAAUGACUAUGGUCUGGAUCCGGAUCUCAACGAUGCCAAUAUCUGUGACAAUGGUUCACUGGUGGAGGAUGAGUUUGAUCUGGCCAUCUGUGACAGUGUUGACCAUGUCCCUCAAUGCUGUUUGGCUUUUGUGCCGACAAGAGCGCUUGCGCGGACACAGUGUGAUAGAACCACAGACGAGGACACAGGUCCAAAGGCACCAGGAUCGUACGGUAUAGACACAGACUUGACACCCCAGCUUCUGUCCAAGGACUAG